CAUGGCAGUUUUUAGCAAUCUACAAUGGUUUAAAUGUAAACAUUGUUGAGGCGUUAGCAUACUGCCAAUUGACAGAAGCUAAACACGUUUACGAGUAAAAGUGAAAUAGUUCUUCGCCUGUUCUUGUCCCGUGGAGAGAGCAGAGCAUCUACAGAGGAAGCAGUAAAUGGCUGAUCAGCUGGUUACCGGUUGGCUUCGUAUCGUUGCAGGCUCUUUGGAAAUAGAGGAAUGCAAAUCUGCAACCAUGAUGGAAGGAUUGAAAAAACGUACCAGGAAGGCCUUCGGGAUACGAAAGAAAGAGAAGGACAGUGACUCUACAGGGUCUCCAGACAGAGAUGGUGGUGAACCCCAAGAGGUUGAAUCGGCUCAGAAGAAGACAAAUGGAGCCCCGAAUGGCUUCUAUGAAGAUAUCGACUGGGAAAGAUACAACUCCCCUGAGUUGGAUGAUGAAGGCUACAGCAUCAGACCUGAUGAAGAGUCAGAGGAAGGAGCUACCAAAAAGACCCAUUUCUUCUCGUCUGACGAGUCUGAGGAGGAAGAGGACCACAAGAAGAAAUUCAAAAUCAAAAUCAAACCGCUGCCAGCUGAUUGUGUCAUAUCGGCUCCUUCGGUUGAUGAGCUCAAAGCCUCCAUAGGAAACAUAGCCCUGUCCCCGUCUCCUAUGAGGAGUCCGAGACGUAGCCCGGGUAUUAAAAGGAACACAUCUAGUGAGGAAAUUGCCAGGCCAAGGCGUGCCGUUCCUGCUGCUCCCAUUGUGGCCCCCACACCAGCUCCAGCACCUCAACCAUCCAGCAAUCAGCAAACAGCAGUCCCUGAAGACACCACAGCCUUAUUUGGGCCUCCUUUAGAAACAGCCUUCGGAGAACAGAAAACUGAAGUGGUUCUUUCUGAGCCCGAUGUGUGGGGGACUUCUUUCUCAGAGCCUGAAUCCUCUUUCACGAGGUCCUUCCCCACAGGAACUCCUCCUCCCCUUCCGCCUAAGAAUGUCCCAACUUCACCCCCAACAACUGAAGCCCCUUCUCCAGAUGCUGCUGAAGCAUCAGCAGAUGCAAAUGACUCAAGCAGGAAGCCCUCCAUAGCAGACCUAGACAACAUUUUUGGACCGGAGGUGGCUCCCCCUGCUGGUGAAGAUACAGACGACAAGUGGGUCUGCUUCAGUGAACACUCUCCCGCUGGACCUCCAGCACCACAUAUGCCGUCUUCACCACCCCCUCCUGAAGAGCCAGCACCUCCUCCACCACCAGCCUCCCCUCCUCCACCUGAGUCCCCUGCUCCCCCUCUACCUACGUCACCUCCUCCUCUCCCCAUCGCUCUUUCCCCAAAAGAAGACUCGCCUCCUCCUCUUCCAACCUCCCCACCUCCGUCACAGGAGCCUUUCUUGCCUCCUAUACGUUCAGGUCCCUCCACACCAGAAGACCAAAAUCCACUCUCCAUCGCCUCUUCUCCCCCACUUGCAUUAAAGGAGCAUACAUCACCCCCAGCUUCCUCCCCUCCCCCUCUUAGCUCACCUGCUGGUGUCCCACCAGUCCCUGCCCCCAAGGAGGGGACCCGUGAAGUGGCGACUCUCCUUUCUGAAGAACCCUCAGCUUCCUCAAUCCCAUCACCCCUUGUCCUCUCUCAAGAGGAGCAGUCUAAGAACACAAACGCCUCUCAUCCCAAAGAGGAAGGAGGUGAAACGAUCACCUCUCCCAAAGAUACCAACCAAGAAAGUCGGAGCACACCCCCACCGCCGCCUCCUCCUCCAACGUACCGUGCAGUAGUUUCAUCACCAGGCCCCACAGCUGGAGCAGGAGGGACAAAUAGUGGUUCCUCUUCACCUGUAAGACCUUCCACCCCCUCGUCAGUCAACCCAACCCCACCCCCACCUCCGCCUCGGCCCCCUUCACGACCCAAGCUUCCUCCUGGGAAACCUGCUGUUGGAGAUGUGAACCGGCCGUUCAGCCCACCAAUCCACUCGGCGAGCCCCCCUCCCAUUGCUCCGUUGGCACGAGCAGAGAGCACCUCCUCAAUCUCCUCCACCAACUCCCUGAGUGCUGCUACCACACCCACUGUUAGCAAGGAGUUGUGUGUGUCUGUGUCAGAAGAUGAUGCUUAUGUAGACAAACUGCCCACCUUUGAGAGGCACUUUGAUUCAUUUGCAGAGAAUGACCAGCCAUCCCUUGUUUGGUUUGACAGAGGGAAGUUUUAUUUAACCUUUGAAGGCUGCUCCCGAGGACCGAGCCCUCUCACUAUGGGGGCCCAGGACACACUUCCUGUGGCCGCGGCAUUCACAGAGACUGUCAACGCCUUUUUUAAAGGAGCAGACCCCAGCAAGUGUGUUGUGAAGGUCAUAGGUGAGAUGGUUUUGUCGUUUCCGGCAGGAAUCACACGGCACUUUGCCAAUAACCCGUCCCCUGCCGUGCUAACCUUCAGCAUAACCAACUACAGCCGACUGGAGCAUGUCCUGCCUAACCCCCAGCUGCUCUGCUGCGACACCACGACACAAUCUAAGGCUGAUUCAAAGGACUUCUGGGUGAAUAUGCCAAACCUGAUAUCCCAUCUAAAGAAGGUGGCUGAGCAGAAGCCGCAGGCAACAUACUACAACGUCGACAUGCUCAAGUAUCAGGUAUCAACAAAUGGCCUCCAGUCGGCUCCUCUGAACCUGGCUGUGAGCUGGAGAUGUGAGCCCACCAGCACUGACCUGAGGAUAGACUACAAAUACAACGGGGAGGCCAUGUCGACGCCGAUGGCUCUCAACAACGUCCAGUUUCUCGUCCCUAUCGAUGGAGGUGUUUCAAAAUUACAAGCUGUCCUACCUCCUGCUGUAUGGAAUGCAGAGCAGCAAAGAAUCUUAUGGAAGAUCCCUGAUAUCUCCAAGAAAUCUGAAAACGGAGGUGUGGGGUCCCUGUUGGCACGCUUCCAGCUAACAGAGGGUCCCAGUAAACCGGCGCCACUGGCAGUGCAGUUCACCAGUGAGGGCAGCAACCUGUCAGGAUGUGACAUUGAACUGGCUGGACCAGGAUAUCGCUUCUCUCUAGUUAAAAAGAGGUUUGCUGCAGGAAAAUACCUGGCUGACAAUUGACCCCCACUAAGAGCAGCACUGAUAAACUGAAAGACUGUCAUGGACCAAGGUUAGCAACGCGACCAGAGGACAGACCCAAACCAGACACUCCUGUGACCCACACGACAAGGUCUGCAGCCUACCCAGCAGUAUUGUAUAACUUGCAUAUAGCAUUGUGGAACUGUUUCACGUCAUGUAAUUAUAGUAUUUGUACUCAUCUCAUACAAAACGUGUGUUGCUGCAGUUAGACACCUGGGUUCUUUCCUUCUCUAAAGUCUGUGCCUCUGUCUCCAUCCUCCUCUGGUCAGUGUUUGGUGGUGUUAUAUAAAGUUUCACUGCAGCUGCCUGACAGAAGACUUGGACAGAGCAUUUUUCUUUGGUCUGUGAGGAACUUUUUCGCAGUGACACAUCUCAGCCCACACAGUUGAAUCAGCACGUACAGCAGUACGAAAUGAGUUAUGCUAAAUCACAAACCUCAGAGCAAACAUGCUUUUGUUAAUGAUUGUUGUCAGUGCGUUGAAACAAUCUAAUCAAAACAAAUUCAAGUAGCUACAUAAACAUAGUUUUUCAAGGAUUACAUACUGGUACUACAGGGUCUUACGACUUUCAAUUGCAUCCUGUUUGAUGCAACAAUCAGAUAAUUAUAUCUCUUUAUUGCACACUUGUACUGAGAAGUGUUAGGCAGCUGCAUUGAUGAGUCAGUUCACUGGUUGAAAAUAAAAAAAUCUAAAUAAGAAAUAUGCAGGGUUUUCCUGUCAGAACAAAAGAAUUGUACAGUGUCAUUUUAACAUGUAUCUCAAAGGGCGUUUGGUGUUUUCCUUGUAUUGUCAGAUAGCCUUUCUGUUGUUCCCAGAACAGCAGUGUUAGACACCAGAGUUACAUGACAGCAUUCUAUUUUUAUUUAUUGAUGACGAUUUGUUGUAUAAAACAUGUGAUUCUGUAUAUGAAUAGAAUCUGAAUGGUAUCACACAACUUGGAACCCUUAAAUGUAUAAAUAUUUGAAUUCUCUUGCAUUUUUUGUUAUCUGUGUAGUUGGGUAACCUUGUGUACAGUAUAAGGUAUAAUUUUUUGAAUUGAUUUCAGAUAUAAUUUUUUAACUCAAGUGCAACAGAAGAUUUGAGCUAUAUAUGGGUGGGGGCCGUGGGGUAAUUUAAAGAAAAUGAUGAAUAUCUUCCUGGAUGCCGUGUUAUGCUUUGUGAAAGCAGUGUUAUCGUAGAGUUAGAAGUCCACACUUCAAUAAAGUUAUAUGCGUACGUUUUAUUUUGAAAGUUCAUGCUAACCAGCUAGCUCUUCUAUACCUUCUUUAGAGGUUAUUCACCCCUUCAUAGUUUUUAUACAAUCAUUUCUAUUGCACAUAUAUAAGAAUCUUUUGCAGUUGGCAAUCGCCAUUUAGUCACAUUGUAAAUCGAAUCAGCUCAACUUUUCUGCAACUUGCUUAUGAAUGAGGUGUGAGUGGCUGUUACCAUAACAAGCUGUUAAUGAGGGCAUAACAAAAGUCAUGUUUCCAACAUCUAGAGUAGUUUUUCUGAGCCAUUUAUUUUUACCCACUUCUAUUUUAGCUUCGUCUGCCAGAGUAAAAAUCUAAACCAAAAUGGGGCUUGUAGUACCCUUGAUAUUGCCCUGUACCUUUGUAGUGAUCUCUGGAUUUCAGAUUGGCAGAAUAUUUGAACCAUUUUGUUUUGGAAGUACUCCACUGUUUGUGUUUUGCAUUGCUUUUACAUGUACUAUAUUUUAAUUGCAGUACAUGUAUGCAUACAGGGAGACCAAAUCUUCUUAUCAUAGUACUAUUUUAGUGUUUUAAUUUGUUUAUGUGGAAAUGUUUUACGUUUGUUUUGAGGCAGAAUAAAAGCAAUUACACCACCAUAAGAAUGUUUAUUUUUAGCUAAUUAGAUGUUUUUAAAGAUUGCAUGUGUGCAAUGUUAUUUUAAGACACAUGGCAUUGAUUUAAUUUAUCAUAUGUCUUAUAAUGUGUCAUGUUUCCUCAGAGUUUUGGGAGAUUGUAAUAUUGUGUCCAAGUAAAACACCGAGAAAAUAUCAGACAUGUUGGUUAUGACAGCAGAGUACUUCUGUUUAUCUCUCAUCUGCCAUAAAUAUAAUUAAAGGCUUUUGCAGCUAUAGAGUACAUUUGAAACUCUUUACAGUUGCACCUUUAAAUGGAGAUUGAAAUGACUUUAUAUAAGACGAAGAGAAGUUGCUGUAAAAUAAGAAUCGGUUAUAGUUUGCAUUCCUGAAAAAUAAGUACUUAAUUAAUGAGAACAUUUAGUUGUGAAACUGCAUAUGUGAGUUGCAGACUAACGACUGAGUCAAGCGACUUUUUUCUACAUAAACUGCACCGCAGGCAAAACACACAGGAAACAACCCAGGGUAGCCUGGGGGUUCAUGCUCAUUAGUUUUUAAGGGGAUAAUGGUCCAGGAAAACAUAAUUAUGUUGAUAAAACAUGUAAGCUCAACAUUACUGUCUUCUGUCCAAGAUGCUGGAGUCAGUUUCCACCUGCAGGUUGAUGGAUUUGCCAGAUAGCAGUUGAAUGUCAUGUGUCAGCACCAUAUGACAGGCUCUAUUAAAGCUAGUUGGUUACAGCAACUGAACUUUCAAAGAGUAAAACUUACAUAUACACACUGAAAUGUUUGACAUUUUGGAAUUAUCAUUACCUUUUAUAUCUGCCUGGGGACUGUUCACUUAGCAUAAAGACUGGGUUUAUAUUUAUUUAUUAAAUAUUUCCUAGCCAGUACCUAUAAGACUCAGAGUAUCACACAUUUUGUUUUCUUAACUGAAGAUAUCAAUCUAUCUUAA